AUGGAAAAACAGCAUAGCAACAGCGCGCCCGAGCUGAGGCCUGAGGUGGAUGAUCUCAAACUCCACCCAGAGCCUUCCGUCGUGCGAGAUGUCGAUAUUGGUCAUAUGCUAGAGGUAGAUGCGACACCAGAGCAGGAAAGAAAGGUUCUAUGGAAGCUUGAUAUGAUAUUGAUCCCGUUGAUGGGGGUCUGCUACAUGAUGCAGUACAUGGACAAGUUAGCUCUGAGUCAAGCCACGCUCUUCAACCUCCGUGAGGAUUUGAAUCUCAAAGGCACCGAGUAUACCUGGACCUCUGCCAUCUUCUACUUUGGAUACUUUGCCUGGAGCUGGCCUAGUUCUUAUCUGAUCGUGCGCCUACCGAUCGGAAAGUAUUUAAGUGUCUCGGUAUUUCUAUGGGGAGGGUUCCUUCUCUGCCACGCCGCGGCGAAGAAUUUCGGAGGGUUGAUGGCUGCCCGAUUUUUCCUGGGAGUAGGCGAGGCUGCCAUAGCCCCUGGGUUCUCCUUGAUCACCGGGAUGUUCUACAAACGAGAAGAACAACCAGCACGACAAUCCGCCUGGUUUCUCGGAAACUGCAUUUCCACCGUCAUCGGCGGCGUGGUGGCCUACGGCAUCGGCACCAUCGAAAUCCACAGCAUCGCCAGCUGGCAGCUCCUCUUCCUCUUCCUCGGUGCCAUCACCGCGGGCAUCUCGUUCUUCUUAAUCGUCUUCCUCCCCGACUCGCCUAAAAAUGCAAUCUUCCUGACGAAAACCGAGCGCGCGAUUGCGCUUCAACGGACACUCAAGAACAAAACAGGCGUUAUGGACGCAGGAUCAUUCAAAUGGGGUCAAGCAUGGCUGGCCAUCCGGGACCCUCAGACUUGGUUCCUGGUUCUGUAUACGUUCUGCGUGAACCUCUGUAACGGAGGCGUCACCAGCUUCUCUUCAAUCAUCAUCAACGGCUUCGGCUUCUCGCAGAUCAAAUCCCUCCUGAUGCAAAUGCCUCUCGGAGCCGCACAGGUCGUCUUCCUGACCUUAACAGCGGCCUUCGCAACCUUCGUCCCCAACACCCGUAUCCUCAUGAUGAUUCUCAACACUAGCGUGUCAAUGAUCGGCAUGAUUCUCGUCUGGAAGCUCGACGAAGAUAACCAAAAGGGCCGCCUGACCGGCCUCUCCCUGGGUGCCGUCUUUGCGGUCAACAUCCCCCUCUCCCUGAGUAUCAUCAGUUCGAAUGUCGCCGGGUUCACGAAGCGGAGUACCACGAGCGCGUUGCUGUUCGUGGCCUACUGUGUGGGAAAUAUCGUUGGACCGCAGUUUUUCGUGGAGAGUGAGGAACCGCAUUAUCCGACCGGUAUGAAAGCUGCUAUUUCGGGUUUUGCGCUGGGCGCGUUCUUCCUGAUUUGCUUGUUAGGUUAUUAUGUGUUUGAGAAUCGGCGGAGAGAUGCAGUCUAUGGUCCUGCGACGGAAAUGAGUGAGAGCGAGGAACUUGCACAGGGGCUGUCGAAUAAGACGGACUUGGAGAUUGAGAGUUUCCGGUAUGUUAUGUAG